CUCUCGUCCAGACAGCAGUCAUUCGAAAUUUUAAACGCUUUUAGGCACUUUAGUGUGGUUCCCCCUAGUCAGGCAACAACGAAAGUCGCGAGUUCUGAUACGCCAGCCAUGAGCGACUCGGAUGAGACCGCCUGGAUCCACUGGUUCUGCAAGCAGCGCGGCAACGAGUUCUUCUGCGAGGUGGACGAGGACUACAUCCACGACAAGUUCAACCUCAACUUCCUGGACUCGAACGUGUCGAACUACCGCUGUGCGCUGGAGGUUAUCCUCGAUCUCAACUCGGGCUCGGCCUCGGAUGUGCCCGCCGAGCCGGAACUGGAGGCCAGUGCCGAGAAGCUGUACGGCCUGAUCCACGCCCGCUUCAUCCUCACCAACCGGGGCAUCGACCUGAUGCUGGAGAAGUACCAGAAGGGCGCCUUCGGCACGUGUCCGCGCGCCUUCUGCCAGCGCCAGGCGGUGCUGCCCAUCGGGCUGAGCGACAAUCCCGGCGAGGAGAUGGUCCGCAUCUACUGCCCCAAGUGCAACGACGUCUACAUCCCCAAGGCGGCGCGCCACUCCAACCUGGACGGGGCCUUCUUCGGCACCGGAUUCCCCCACAUGCUCUUCAUGAUGUAUCCCGAUGCGCGGCCCAAGCGGACGAAGCAGAAGUUUGUGCCCAGGCUUUAUGGCUUCAAGAUCCACCAGAUGGCCUACCGAUCGCCGACUGAGGUCUUCAAAGAUCAGACACCAUUGAUGAUGACACCAGUACCAGAAAUCGAUUCCCCAUCCCAUCACUGAUCCCGAAUGCGAAAUUUCCCAUGUGAAACUGUCUUGUGCUACUGUUUUCGGCUGGUUGGCUUCCAGCUCAUUAAACUCUCAUAACCAUAA